AUGCUUGUGCUCACUGGAAACCACAUUGUGCUACCUGGCCAUGACUCUCCCCAGGCUGCCACGAUCGAAGUAUCUCCAGAAUUAGGAAAGAUCACCGCUGUGCAUCUCGAACGUCGCGAGCGGGAUACAUACCCCUCAGUAGCCGCAUCUUGGAUUGAUGCAGGAGACAAGUUCAUUCUCCCUGGCUUAGUCGAUCCACAUGUUCAUCUCAAUGAACCUGGCCGGACUGACUGGGAAGGGUUCUGGACUGGUACACGAGCAGCAGCAUCGGGCGGUGUUACGACUGUCGUAGAUAUGCCUCUCAAUUCCAUUCCUCCGACUACCACUGUGGAGAAUCUUGAGAGCAAGCGGACGGCUGCUCAUGGUCAGUGUUGGACGGAUGUUGCGUUCUGGGGCGGCGUCAUCCCAGGUAAUCAGACGCACUUGAAGCCACUUGUGGAUGCUGGAGUGAAGGGAUUCAAAUGCUUCAUGAUCGAAAGUGGUGUGGAGGAAUUUCCCUGUGUGACGGAAGCGGACCUGAAACCAGCUAUGGAGGCGUUGCAGGAUACGAACUCUGUCCUUCUGUUCCACGCUGAGUUCGAUGAUUCACCAACCGUACAAGACUGUGAACCCUCCGAUCCGACUCUUUACAGCACUUUCUUGGACUCACGUCCUCAGUCCUUCGAGACCGACGCCAUCACUCGGAUCACGAACCUCCAACGCGCCUAUCCUUCCCUCCGCUGUCACAUCGUCCACCUUUCCGCCGCCCAGGCACUCCCCAUCGUCCGCGCCGCAAAAGCGUCUGGAAUCAAUCUUACCGUUGAAACCUGCUUCCACUACCUCUGUCUUUCCGCCGACUCCAUUCCCCAUGGCCGUCCUGAGUUCAAAUGUUGUCCGCCGAUUCGUGAUGAGACGAACAGGGAAGCUCUUUGGGCUGCUCUCAAGGACGGCACUAUUGACUUUGUGGUUUCAGACCAUAGUCCCUGUGUGGCGGAGUUGAAGAAAGUCGAUGAGGGUGAUAUUAUGGGCGCCUGGGGUGGAAUUAGCACGCUCGGGCUAGGGCUGAGUCUUUUGUGGACGGAGGGAAAGAAGCGCGGGAUCAGUAUUGGCAAGAUUUUGGAGUGGACGAGCAGCAAGACUGCUGAGCAUGCGGCUCUGAGUGGUAGGAAGGCAAAACUCGAGGUCGGAUAUGAUGCAGACUUCGUGAUUUGGGAUCCCGAGGCUCAGUAUAUGGUUACGAGGGAAUCUCUGAACUUCAAGAACAAGCUCACGCCAUAUGAGGGUAUGAUGCUCUCUGGCCGUGUUGACAAAACGUACCUGAGGGGUAACUUGGUGUAUGACCGAAAUGCGGAAGGUUUCGAGGGAUUAAAGCCCACAGGGAAACUGUUAUAACCCACAAUGCUACAUCUGUAUUGGUUCAAAGGUGUGUGGGUCCAGGUGUGCGAUUGGGGAGCAAUGUACAACAAUUUCCAGAUCCAGAAACAAAUGUGUCGAAACGGGAUUCUAUGAAGUUUAGAUGUUCCGAAGACGAAGAUUGUCAUAUUAUCCAAGUCUCCAAGCCGCCCUCUAGCUCAAAGCCUAGUCACACACCACGACAUCAGGUGACGACUUCUCGCAGGAUCCUCUUCACCUCCUAUCUCUCUGUCAUUGAAUAUUUUCAACCUCGCCUCUACUUUCACUGUCCCCUUCUCGAAAACCUCACCAUCCCACAUCUGCUCCCAGCUCUCCGGCGAAUGUGCGAACCUCGUGCCUCCGCUUGUACCUUUUCGGAGCCCUACCUCCGGCAGUCCAACAUGCGAACCAAAGAUAAUGGAGCCUGGCUCAGGUGAAAGUAGGCAUGCGACAGCUUUGGCGAGAUAAAGCUGUUGUUCCUCGUUGAACAGAUGGAAGAACGCGGAUGCGUGGAUGGCGGAGACGUGUCCACGGAGAGGGUUUAAAGAGGUCAAGGUGUUCAAAGGGGGUGGAGGUACGGAAGCGGGUGUUGUGGCGGG